GCACCGUAAUUGCGUCCUGGCUGGUGCUGAUGUGAUAUGCGUGUGUGCCUAUUUAGCCUCGUAUUAUUGUUAUUAUUAUUAUUAUUAUUUGAUAAGGUAGAUUGUUGACCAUAAUCGCGGAAUGUCAUCAAUAAAGGAAAACCACUGUUACGGACUGUCGAGCGGUAAACUAUGUCGUGGCGGUAACAUCUCUCUCUUUCACGUUAAACUCACAGACAGCGCGGCAAGAGCCAUUGAUGCCUUUCACAACAGCAAGAGUCGGCUCUCCCAUCCCACAAUUUGUUUCACGGGAAACCAAGGGAGAUUCACAAUCCCUUUUAAAGAGAAUAGAGGUGAAGAGAAAACAUUUACCUUUGGCUUGUCUAAUGUUGUCUGCGACAAUCCACAUGGAAGCUUUGACUGUGUCCAACAGCUCAACACUGGUGCUGAUGAGGAGCAUUUGUCAUGUGUGGGAGUAAUUCAGAAGAAGAUGACAGUCAAUGCUACAGAUGACUCGUACCAAAAAGCCCGUCAGAGCAUUGCCCAAGUUGAAGAAGAGACACGGAGCCGUGGAACCAUCGUCAUCAAGCACGGAGACCGCUUCCAAAGCAAAAAGGUAACAGUGCGAGCACCAGCCCCUGCACUGGCCAACCUGGCCAAACCACGACACUCCUCCCAGUCCCUCCUCAGGAGAGGUGCCAGUGUAUCCAAGGUGAAGAAAGGUGCGUGUGGAUCAGACAAGAGAAGUGUGAGCGCUGUGGGGAGGAGGCCGCUGAGGGAGAGGGUGAUGCACCUGCUGGCUCUGAGGCCGUAUAGACGGCCUGACAUGGUCCUGAGGCUACAGAGGGAUGGACUGACGGCUGGAGACAAAGACAUGCUGGACAUGCUGCUGCUUGAAGUGGGCCAGUCCAAUAGCAGAGACAAAACGUAUAUUUUAAAGGACUGUCUAUACAAAGAACUGCAGAGAGACUGGCCAGGCUAUUCUACGGGUGACCAGCAACUCCUCAAGAGAAUCCUCCUCAGGCGACUGUUUCAGCCACACCAGAACCUUCUGACGGUCCCUAAUAUCCAGGUCAGCCCGCUGCGCGACACCCCCAACUCCUCGCCAGCACGCCAUCACAAACAUUCCUUAACGGAGGACUACAUUGACCCACUGGCCAAUAAGAAGCCAAGGAUAUCCCACCUGUCUGGCAAGACGACCAAUGACAAGUCUACACCCAAAUCUAGUAAGCAGCAAGACACUGCCAGAGCUAAGAAGCUUGUUACUGAAGUGAAAGAAGACAACAGUCGCAGGAACUCUCUCGACCCUCAGAAACUUAUGGACUCCUUAUCCUCAGUCUGUAAGGAGCAAGAAGAUGUGGCCAAGCGACUUGAGCCAGCCCCAACUGCUUUGGGAGAUGCCAAGGGCUCAGCUUUGCCAUCGCAGCCCAUUUUUCAUCACCCACCUUCUCCUCCAAAAGUCCCAAUUCUGGACAGACACAGUAGAAAAAGGAGGAAGAGUAAACAUAAACACAGAGACCAGGAGGUCAAGGCUGCAGGCAGGGAAAGAAGGAAAGGAGACAUCUGUUCAAAGGAUUUGAAACACAAAGAUCACCUGGACUGUGCAGAUCACAGUGGAAUGUUUUAUGACUCAAAUGUGCUGCAAGCAGCCAAUGACAUGACAGACUAUUUAUUGAAGUACACCAAGCUCUGCAGUCACGAUCAGAGACAGCGCUACAAGCAGGACUUUAACGAAGAGUACAGUGAAUACAGAAAUUUGCACGCUCGCAUAGACAGUGUCACGUGCCAAUUCAUGGAGCUGGACACACAGCUCAAACGACUGCACCAUGGGUCCCACCAAUAUAAGACAAUUCACAAUCAGAUUCUGCAGGAAUAUCGCAAAAUUAAAAAGUCAAAUCCAAAUUACAACCAGGAGAAGAUCCGAUGUGAAUAUCUGCACAACAAGCUGGCCCACAUAAAGAAGCUCAUAUCAGACUAUGACCAACAACAGCUCUGUAUGGACUGUCCCUGAAACUGGUGACUCACACUGGAACUACUAACUCAAGAGUCCAGUAAUGUGCCUCAUACAUGAGUGGAUGAUACUGCGGAACUGAAACGGAAAUAAAGAGUCUAUUGGCAUGAUUAUCCAUACCUUCCUACUACCUGCUGGAGCUUGAAGUGAAAGACAUGAAUUAGUUCAAAAGUGCAUUCGUGGUGAAUCUUGCCCUAUGAUGUAAACAAUUGUCUCUGAAAAGAUACAUGUUUAGACCAUUUGUGAACCAAAUUUGAACAGCAAUUUUAUAUUUUUGCUAGCUUGUCACAUUGGUCAUGUUGACUUUUACACAUCUGACUAUUUCCACUUCCGGUGAGAUGGUAAAAUGAUAAGAAAUGGUAAAUUUGCAUUGCCAACAGACAUGACUUAGCUCACCGGUAGCACGACCAGACACAUAACUGGAAACCACACUUACUCAGCUCAAGACAUGUUUCUUUCUGGGAGGAGAGGUUCCUUUGUUUCCCUGGCUCCAACCUGCUUAUCCUGUAAAAGCUGGGAUGCAGAUGUGAGUUUAUUCCACUGUUUCUUAAAUGGCCUUCCUUUUUUUUUAUGGCUUCCAAAGCCAGACUGACUCCACAGUGUUCCACAGGUAUACAUCAAUAUGUACAGAGUCCUGUUCAGGGAACUUAACAGUAUUAUAAGCUGAAGUGAGCUCUAGUUUCUAAAUGGCUCAUGUGUUCUCACUUUGAGUUUUUUUGGGCCCUGGAGGACAAGAAGUGAAUGCCCAAAUUCAUUUCAAAAGCAAUGCAUGCUUUACACUUUUCUGUAAUGCAUGAGGGAAUAAUCAUUUUGUCUGUUGAAUAUGAGUAUUAAGUUAUAAUAUACAACCUUUCCCCUAAUUUAUAAUGCGGUGUCUUUUUUUUUCUUUUCUUUUCAUUAGACUGUUUCAGGUAACAUGUCUUAUGUAGUGAUGAUCUAAAAAAUGUUGACCUUUGAGUCUCAGCCAUGGUACUAAUGAACAUAUAUGGCCGUUUAAAGCAAUCCAUAUUUUGUUUUGUUUGCUUCCAUCUUUCUUUCUUUUUUUACUUUAAUUUUUCAAAAAAUAAACUCA